AUGUCCUCGACUACGACGCCCUAUGCUCACCUCAGUCAACUCGACCUCGUUCGUCUCAUCGAGACGUACAGAUACAUUCUCAACGGUAAGUUCAUCACCAGCCUAUACGAACACGACAUGCUCAACUACGUGACAAUCCCAGACCCCUCGCGCCCACCAACAGAUAAAGCAGAAGCCCAGCGGGCUCUCGCGGCCUUGUACCAACCAGCAUACAGCCCGACCACCCAAGUGGAGCACAACAACCGCGUCCUAGGCGGCUACCGUGCAACCCUCGCCAACCCAAAUGUCUCCGAAGCCGCCAAAGCCCACGCACGCGCCAUGCUCGAACAAGCUGGUGCAGACGUUCGCACUCUCAAGGAGCGCACGGCGAUGCGCGCCAGCGGGAGUGGUGCCGGUAGCAACGGCAGUACCAGUGGAAGCGACGGGGAAGGGCGACGAGAUGCACAUUUGGCGAGACAAUUGGGUGGAUACAAGAGUGCGUUAAAGAAUCCAAAUGUCUCGCCCGAAGCAAAAGCACACGCGCGCAACAUGCUCGCGCAGCACGGCAUCACUUACUAG